GUGGAUGCAUUGCGAAGAGAACCCGGGCCUCAACGUCGCCCGACAAGGCAGUUUUGAUCCAUUGGGAGAUUUGUAGCGAGCAACAAAGGUCUUGUCUGCAGCUUCUGUGGACGGGGCCAUUCUAGUCAUAGGGCAUAUUUAAGAAGUUCAAUCCCAUAAAAGCAAGGAAAUAAAGAGAUUCACAUCCGGCUCGACGUUUUUUCCAGGCCAAUUGCUAGAAGUCAUCGUACAGCCGUCCUGCUCUCGACGACAAUGGCCACAUCUGAGGACAUCAAAAAUGAGAUAUACAAACUAUCUGUAAGUCCUUUCAUCCUCGAAAGGCGAGGCAACUAUGAUAAGGCAAUCGAGAUUCACAAGAGCGCUAUCGAUGUCCUUGGCGCGGCGGUAGAGAAACUCAGGAAAUCGUCGAAUGUGCGCAAAAUAAAUCGCAAGAUGUUCGAAAGGCAGGUCGCGCUGCAUCGCGAGCGAUUUGCCUACUUAGAGAGUCUUAAGAGCAAAGGUAGUUACGAGGGGAUUAUUUUGCCACCCACAGUACUGGAUUUGAUGCAGGAGCUGGAGAGGGACGAUGGAGAUAACCGUCCUUGGAGUCUGUCUCAGAUUCGAAAGGCGCUCCACGACUAUAGCAAGGAGACACCAACUGAUACCGAGCCACCGUCUCAACUGAAGCCUUUCCUCGACGCGGCAAACUCCACUAAGAUCCCGUUCUUCGCGCCAACACUUCCCUCGUCAGCGGAGACAGUGGUCUACCGGCUCUCUCACUCGUCAGAGCUACUUGAACUCGGUGUGCGAUCGCACUGGUGGUUUGUCAAGGACUCAGCCAACAAGCACACACUUUAUGCUCUGCAGGCGGUCUGGAGCCAGGAAGUGCCCAUUGUGGAGGCUAUUCUACGCCGGGCAGGAGAGUUCCUCCCUCAGAUGGGCGCCGUAAACAUAAAGAUCCGCAAGACGAAAGGGGGCGCUUUCCGUUUAGUGACGAGUACUGUGCCCCAGGCCGGCCAUAUUGUCGAGAUCCCCGACGGAGAGGCGCAACGCAAGGACUGGUCCCCACGACGGUUCAAGUACGGAGGGCGCAGUUUCGUGUGGAAGAGUGGGCGUGCUGACGGGAAGAGUGCGGACGGGGGCCUAUUCAGGUCGUUCUCGUGGGAAACUCUCUAUGAGACGAAGCGUGUGUGGCCGAAAGAAGGAAGCAGAACAGGGAAAAUGGAAGAUGAGACGGUAGGGCCGAGACUAUGCUGGGGAGAGAAAGGUGGAGGCAACGGAGCGGUUCACUCUAUAUACAUGGUAGGAGGGUUAGAUCUCCAAUUUCGAGAACAUCUCCUGGCAUCCCAGUUGGCAAGACUGGUGCGAUGCAGUAACCCGCCGCAGAAGGACUUGGCUGGAGUGGAAAUGGUCUCGGCUGGGGAAAGCAUCCUGUCCCUUGCGGAGUGGGUUUCUUAGGCCUUAACUUUUUAUACUAUAGGCAGUAGCAUGAUCCCCAAGGCAAUUAAUGGAUGGCCGACGAAUAAUUAGCUCUUUUUAAUCAUUCAACAGCUCUUAAAGCUAAUAUUAUUCUGGUCCGGAAAUUGUAGGAUGCCAUCAUACUCCGGCACAUCUAUAAAUGAUCCCCAUCCGACCCGACGGGCGCUGAUCCGCAC